AUGGGCACAUCAUCCAGUCGGGCCUUUGGUCGGCGAGUGUUGGGAAUGGCCCAUGAGAGACUGACGGGAUCAUUGCUGUUCCCGGAUCCUAACAACCUUGGGAUGGCAAAUUCUCCCCAGGACCUCUUUGACGUCUCAAACCUCCCAACCCCGGAUUUCGCCAAACAUCUCAUUAAUUCAGUCAAGUUUCAUUGCGGCCAGCUCUUUUAUCUAUUUGAAGAAGGUACCUUUAUGGAGCGGUUUGAAGCUUUCCAGCAAAGUCCCGCGGAAGAAGCACUUGCUUUACCUCUAUGGUUCUGCCAUUAUCUACUAAUUCUUGCAUUUGGAAAAGGUUUUGUGGUUCAAUCAACCAGAUUAUGUAGCCCUCCUGGCGCAGAGCAAUUCGUUCAGGCAAUGCACUGCAUGCCAGAUUUUUCUCUCUUCGACGGUGACCCUAUUGAGACGACACAGGUCUUAUGUUGUGCUGCACUAUAUCUGCAGUGCAUCCACAGACGUGGGCCGGCCUAUCGUAUGUCUUGGAGAUGCAAGUUAUGCUUUGUCAGAUUCUGGCAAAAGUAG